AUGAGGCUCGACCCCGAGGUGCUGCGGUACAUGACGAAGGAGGAGUUUCGGGUGCUGACCGCAGUGGAAAUGGGACACAAGAAUCACGAGUUCAUACCCUUCCCUCUGGUUGAGUCGAUUGCGGCUCUGAAGCGCCAUUCGAUUCGAGACGUGAUUUCCACGCUCUGCAGAAACAAGUUGCUCUAUCGCUCGAACCAGAAAUAUGAAGGCUUCAAGCUCACCUACCUGGGCUACGACUACCUGGCGCUGCAUGCUCUCGUGAAGAGGGGCCUUAUAACCGGCAUCGGCGGCCGCAUGGGGGUAGGAAAGGAAAGCGACAUUCACCUUUGCCGCGACGUAGACGGAAAGGUUUACGUCCUCAAGCUCCAUCGACUCGGUCGGGUGUCGUUUCGCUCGAUCAAGCGAAACAGAGACUACUUGCAGCACCGCCAACACGCCAGUUGGUUGUAUCUUGCUAGGCUCGCUGCGCUGAAAGAGUUCUCUUACUUGAAGGCGCUGCAUGCGCACAACUUCCCCGUGCCUGAGCCCGUGGACGUCAACCGCCAUGCAGUCCUCAUGGAGCACAUCGACGCGGUGCCCUUUCGCGAGGUUAGAGAACUGGCGCAUCCGCUGGCUGUGCUGGAGAAGCUGAUGCGGCUCAUCGUGCGUCUUGCGAAAUCCGGCCUGAUCCACGGCGACUUCAACGAAUUCAACUUGCUCAUUGAUGAGCAGGAGCAUGUCACAGUUAUCGAUCUGCCUCAGGUGGUCUCGAUCACCCAUCCGAACGCCCGCCUCUACUUUGAGCGCGACGUGGAGUGCGUCAGAAAGCUCUUCGAGAGGAAGUUUUGCAUCGAAGUUACCUGCGCGCCCAGCUUCGAUGACGUGGCGCAGGACAUCGCACAAGCCGCGGAAGCGGGCGAGGGCGACGCGAACGUUCUCCUCGGCGACGUGCUGAAGAAGGAGGACCUGCGAGCUCUCGAUGACGCGUUCGACGUCCUCAGACAGAAACGCGACGCUGCAGAGAGCGCCUCCUGCGCGGAAGACGAUGAUGACGAGGAGCAAGAUGAGGAUGACGAAGAGGAGGAAGCAUCGAAUGCAGGGGACGAAGACCUUGAGGACUCCGCGGCGGACCAAGAGGAGAAUGAAGGAGAUGAUUCAUCGGAAUCCGAGUCAGACGAAGACGAGACUCGGGAUCGCAAAUCGCGCCACCGGCGAAAGGAGAGAAGAGCCGGCGGGGCGAGCUCAGGCGAUGAGAGCGUAGAUUCGUCGUCCGAGGGGAGCGACGACAACUCAGCCACUAGCGGCGCGCGCUCGUCGGAGGAUGAGGCGGAAGACCCCCAGAAGAUUCCAGUCUAUCGCCCAAAGCUUCGAAAACACGACCCAGCGACAGUGCGGAAGCGCGUGCAGCAAGGCGGAAAGAAAAAAGCGCGGAAAAUGCGGAACGCAGGGCGGAACAAGAACCCCGAGCGCAUGAAAGCCAAGAUGGAAGCGAAGGGCUACUGCUGA